AUGGCCGCCUUCAAAUUCCCCAGCUUUUUCGCCAGGGACCCGGCAGCCGACCGUCGCUUCCCCCCUUCCAUCUACCGCCCCCUCAACCAGACCGACAACGACCACGACGAUGACGAUGACGAUGCUGCCCCCCACCAUGGCGCCCCCCGGAGGGAACCUCUCGACAUGGCUGCUGGCAGAGGAGCAGCGAGUACCACCGCUCCCCGCGAUGCCGCAGCCAUGAUGCUCAUCAAGCUCGGUCACGAUCCCUCUCACCGCAUCCCCAUCUCCUCCUCCACCAACGACCGAAUCCUGCGCCGAAUCGACCUCGCCCUCCUCCCCCUCAUGCUCACCGUAUACUUCCUCCACGCCCUCGACAAGGCUACACUCUCCUAUGCCUCCAUCUUCGGCCUCAUCGAGGACACCAAGCUCGAAGGCGACCAGUUCUCCUGGCUGGGCAGCAUUGUCUACGUCGCACAGCUCAUCUUCCAACUGCCUGUCGCCUGGGCCCUCGUCAAGCUGCCGGUGGGCAAGUUUACAAGUCUCAUGGCGCUGGGGUGGGGAAUAACGCUUACGGGGAUGGCCGGUGCGAAGCGAUUCCCCCAUCUCUUGGGAGCCAGGUUCUUGCUCGGGUCGUUCGAGACCAGUAUUGGGCCGAGCUUUGUUGCGAUUACACAGAUGUGGUGGAGGAGACGAGAGCAGACGCUGCGGAUAGGGUCCUGGUAUUGCAUGAACGGGCUCUCCUGGGUGCUGGGAAGUCUAAUUACAUACGCCCUCGCCAGCAUCCAUUCGAGUUUGAAGUCAUAUCAGAUCAUCUUUCUCUUCUUCGGCCUCGUGACGGUCGCAUUUGCCUUCAUCAUGUUCUUUCGCAUGCCCGAUUCGCCCACCGAGGCCAAGUUCCUCUCGGAUGAGGACAAGGUCAUUGCCAUUGAGCGCCUACGAGAUAACCAGAUGGGAGUCAUGUCGAGGGAAUGGCGAUACAGUCAAUUCUACGAAACCCUGCGUGAUCCCAAGACAUGGCUGUGGACGGCAAUGAUCUUUUGCGCCUCUGUCCCGUCCAAUGGCAUUGGAAUCUUUGGCCCUCUCAUUAUCAAGUCAUUCGUAUCAGACCCUUUCCAGACGACCUUGUUCAACAUUCCCGUGGGGUUCGCGCACAUGAUAGCGGUCACCGGCAGCGCGUACCUGUCGAUGAAAUGGAAACUGAAGGGCCCGGUACUCGUCCUACUGUGCAUUCCUCCUAUUAUCGGCCUCUCCAUCCUUCUGAGCUUCGGGCACACCAACGAGAACAAGGGCGUGCUCCUGUCUGGGUUUUUUUGCGUGUGUACGUUCACAGGUAUUACGCCGUUGAUUUAUUCAUGGUCGUCGCAAAACACGGCGGGAGACACCAAGAAGAAGUCCACGUCAGCCCUCAUCUUCAUCGGUUCCUCGGCCGGUAACAUCAUCGGCCCUCUGCUAUUCACGCCGGGCGAGCAUCCUGCCUACACCCGUGGCUUGCGUGCGAACAUUGCCUUCUUCAGCAUGGUCAUUCUCCUUGUCAUCGUAACGACAGUCUACAUCAAAGCAUUGAACAGCUCGCAUAGUCGGAGGCGAGUAGCCCUUGGGAAGAACGCGGUGGUGAGAGACUUAAGCUUGGAGACAUCCGAGUCAGUCGAUGUGUUUGACCACUUGCACACUGGGGACGAAGGUGGAGGUGAUGACGAGUCGGGGUCCAAGGCGUUCAGCGAUGCUACUGAUUUGGAGAACGAAGACUUUGUGUAUGUCUUUUGA